CCUGUCUCCUGCAGCCCCCUGGGCCGGCAUGAUGAUACCACCCGCUUUCGUCAACUGUUAUGUCCAGACCCCUUCUGUGAGGUGUGUAAUAAUGCAACGGCUGAGGUCAACUGGCUGCUGUACCCGGAGGCCCUGGAAGAUGCUACUUCCUCUGCAUCCCCUUUGGUUUCUACAUCUCCUGUGACUGAGUCAUCAUUUACUCUGUCCCCUGCCUUCUCAGUAGUCCCUCUAGGAGACCUAGCACCAGCCUCCCUGUCUGAACCUUCCCCACUGCCCCCCUCUAGUCUCUCACCUAACCCAGUGACCCCCUUAGUUGACUUUUUUUCACCCUCACCUCUGGGUCACUCUCUGGCACCAGGGCCUUUUCCUUCUUUGGAUUCUGAAUUCCCAGUGGACUAUUCCUCACCCCAACCCCUUGCGUUUCCCCCUCUCCUAGCACAUGACACUCAGACAGCAGAUCCUGUUGUCCCAGCAGAGGGCACGAUGCCUCUGAAUACCAUCUUCUCUCUUGAUCCCACCUUUUCCCAAGAUAUCAACUCCUUACCAGUUUUGUCCCAGGCAGUGAAUCCCCCUGAUUCAUUUGCUUGUCAUCAUGCACCACCAACCCUGCCUGUUUCACCACAGCCAGACUGCACUUUAACUGUCACUCAGUCUAAAUCGUUUGCCAUC